AACGUGCCUCCGUUUGUUCACGUGAGUUCAUGUUGUCAGGAGAAUAUAUCUCACUGUCUGGCUUGAUUCUCUGUCCUUGGUGCUGAACAGUGAUUUCCUUACCCAUUGUUUUUGGGGGGCUCGACCAGUCUUUCUAAUAUGUUCUUCCUUUUUAGUCUCACUGAGUUUAAUGUUUUAAUCCAAAUUAUUUAUGUUUUCCUUCUUUUAAUGUUUUCACCUUAAUAACACAUUGCUCCAUUUAGUUUCAGUGUAAGAUAUUUUUUCAAUCCCUUGAUAUUUUACUUAAACUUACAUAUCUGAAAGAGAAGUAGAGUUUAGUAUCACAUUUGCUAGAGAAAACAUUGAAAAUAUUUUUUUCAACAUUUUUUCUCUGGCUUAAAUAUCAUUGUUUAUUGACCCUAACUAGUCUACACCAGUUUACUUUUUAUUGUAAUUUUUAAAUUUUUAAAAAUUGUAAUUGUAAGAAAAUAUCUAGGUAACCAUAUACUCAGGUACUCCACCUUUUCAAAUGACGGAUGGAGAAUGGCACUGAACAUUAGCAGUGACUUCAAAUUGCUGUUGUAACAUUGAUUGGUUUAUCAAGCUAAUUAGGUUUCCCAGAACUCAAUUAAUUAUUUCAAUCCUUAUUUCACUGUUGAUUGUAAAGACAGGUGUUCAAUUUGUCUAACACUGGUCAUCAAGCAACAAAUGUAAAUCUAUCUACACACAAAUCAGACUCAUAAUAAAGUGAAACAAUACUCAGCAGGCAAUAACCUUAUAUUCCUUUCAAUAAUUUUAAGUGGAAUAUCCAAUAUAUCAAGCUGAAAGCGUACUAUGUCACAGUAGCUCUACAGAUUUUUAUUACAUUUAUCCUUAAGCAGGAGCAGUAAAAUAUGUCCAGUUAUAAAAUCAUAUAGUCAGUUGACUUUAAAUAACAAAGUUUCUCGGAGCAGCAGUACAUCUCUGAACUCUUUGUAAUUUGUAUCAAAAAUACCCUCCUGUUGUGUGCUCAUCCUGCCUUUACAACAACUUUAAAUGCUGGACUCAUUUUAUUUUGUAGUUAUCAAUGGUGGUCGGGGCAAAACGAAAAUUAAACUUACAAAUUUGUUAUCCUUUGAAUCUCUGAGUGUUACACAAAAUACAUUUUUAGAACUCCACCUUAUUCAUAGCAGAGUAUAAGAGUAGACCUCUUAUUAGUGUUUUCUCCAUUACUGCACUUUCACUGGUCCUGACUUUCUUUACUGUCAUGUUUGAGGUGUUUUAACAUGCAUUUUAUUUUUUUGUUGGACACUGUGGUUAACAGUGAUUUAUUUCAUAUUGUCAAAUUCUCUGUUUGUAGUUUGAUGCACUAUGGAAUUCUCAUAAAGCCGACUUGAAUGUUUGUCACAUACCAGAAAAACAUCAGUCAGUCCAGCUGCAGCUUCUUCUGACAUCUGGAAGUUUUCUCUCUGGACUCACUGCUGCAUAAUACUGUGUUGAUCAUAAGUUACUCUUCAUUCAGAGUUUGCACUAUUGGUAUAUAUCGAUGGAGGAAUCCAUCUUCAAUGUUUACAGUGGUCUUGUAUAUCAUACUGAGGGGAUAUUAUGUAAAUGUUAUUGCACAAUGGCUUCUAUAACUGGCUGAGUGUGACUUGUUGAAAGAAACUGUGUUGGGUGGUGUUGGUUGUUUGUGUGUGUGUGCUCUGUAGCACCUACCAGAGGAAGAAGUUGAAUCAAUUAAUGCUUAGGGUGUGAGGGGUCUGCAGUGAUUUUUUCCCUGCCCCCUGUAUUUUGUAAGACAUACAAGUCCUGGAUGCUGUGUGAUUUGGCCCCAGACAUAUUUUUGGGAGAUUUAACUCAAUGUUCAAACCCGUUCCUGUCCAGACCAGACUGUGAUUGAUGUGCAGAGAACAAACUCAGUAAUGGCAGUGUAGAACUAGAUCAACAGCUAAUCUUCCUCAGCAACAUAGGAAGUAACUUUGUACCUGUAAUGGAGUUUAUGUUGUAGACCCACCUGUGUUCCUGGGAGAUUGUAGAUCCCAGAAACUUGCUGGUUUCCAUGGCCAGCAUAUUGUUAUUGAGUAUGAUUAGCUGGAGGAGUGUGUGUGCAAAGUCCACUGCCAUCUCUACACUUACAGUAUGAGUGUGUUAAUAUCCAGUGCAAUGCAAUUCAAUCAAUACCACACCACAAACUCUAGUCUGAAAAUAUUAGUAAAAUCACUAUGUCAGAAGAAUCAAAAUGAGGAAUAAUUAAAUUAGACAUAUAAGAUAGCAUAUAAGAAGCAGGUGGUAUUCACUGCAAAGGUACUGUAUAGUAUUGCAUUACUUUAGACAUGUGUUGCUUUUAGUGUGUCCAUCCUCUGCUUCUUCAAACAUGGAUGUUAUUCAUCUUGUGUAAUAUUAAGUUAACACAACCUGAGUUUUCCUGGGCUUACCAUGGUCAGGUGUGGCACAAGCUUAUAUUAAAAUAUGAACAAAUAUAAUAUCAUUGCAUACUGUCCACUGUUGUAAUUAUCCUCUCAGUCUCUGGGUGACGCUCUUUUAUAAUGUCUGACUCACUGACUCGAGGAUGCUAUGGCCUGUCUCACCCUAUUUGUGUCAGUGGAACUGGAGUACUGGGUUAGAGCCAAGGGCUGUGUAUGCAAGCGUGUUUGUGUGGGUGUGUAUGGGGAGAGAAGAAGAGAGAGAGCGAGAGUGCUUGUGAGCGAGUGGGUUAGCGUGUGUGUGUGUGUGAGAGUGUGAGAGAGAGAGAGAGAGAGAGAGAGAGAGAGAGAGAUGGGGAUAGCGAGAGGAAUCCAAGCUGGCAGCUCCCCUAAUAGAGCAUGAUUAACUCAGCUAGAGAAGCAGGGAAACGUUGCAUUACAGCGGCAUUUUCAGUUCUAUAUUUGGUUGUAUAUCUUUUGGAUUUAUCCAUAAUGUCGAUAGUAUAUUUGUUUCUGAAAGCAUGUUUAAUAAUGGACCAGCGAGUAAACUUAAAACGGUGGCUGCUUUUUUUGUUGUUCAGCCUUCCUUUCGGUUUUUCGUUUGGAGAAGUCCGCUAUGUUCUUCCAGAGGAGAUGCAGCGAGGGUCUGUUAUCGGGAAUGUUGCGCGGGAUCUUGGGCUGAAAGUGACGGAGCUUGAUGCUCGCAGAGCCCGGGUUGUUGCAGAAGGAACCAGCCAGCUGUGUGAACUGGACACUGCGUCAGGCAAUCUUCUGAUCAGCCAGCGGAUAGACCGAGAGGAGCUCUGCGCGCAAGCAGCUGUCUGCAUCCUCCAGUAUCAGCUCUUAUUUGAAGAUCCACUUCAAGCAUAUAGCUUAGUUUUGGAUAUUACAGAUAUAAAUGACAACAGCCCCGUCUUUGCUGCGGGAGAAAUAAAUUUAGAUUUAGUGGAAUCCACAGUUCUAGGGAGGCGAUUUCCGUUGGAGGGCGCGCAUGACCCAGAUCUGGGUACCAACUCUGUCCGUGAAUAUAAACUGAGCCCGAAUGACCAUUUUACACUGGAAAUGACUACCCAAAUAAAUGGCAAUGCUUAUCCGGAACUAGUUCUCAAGAAAACGUUGGACCGGGAGGCACAAGCUGAACAUGUGCUUAAAAUCAAUGGAAUUGACGGGGGAAGUCCAUUCAGAUCAGGAACUGCUUCUAUCCAUAUCCAUGUUCUGGACGCCAAUGAUAAUGUCCCAGUUUUUAGCCAACGAGUUUACAAAGCCUCUGUGCCAGAGAACUCGGCCGUAGGAACUGUCAUAGCAACACUGAAUGCCACGGACUUAGAUGAAGGUGUUUAUGGAGAGAUAACCUACUCUUUCAGUCACCUCUCAGACAAGAUGGCAGGAGUUAUUGAAAUGAACCCUCUGAGUGGAGAAGUAAAGGUGACAGGUCUUAUUGACUAUGAAGAGGCCAGUACUCACGAGCUGGAUGUUCAGGCAAAAGACGGCGGAGGUCAGGCCUCUCACUGUAAACUAAUAAUUGAUGUAAUUGACGUAAAUGAUAAUAAACCAGUGAUAGAAAUAAAGUCAGUCUCUGCUAACGUGGCUGAAGACUCUAAACCAGGAACUAUGGUUGCUCUGAUUAAUAUUUAUGACCUGGACACAGGAAGCAGUGGGCGCGUCACGUGUUCGAUCUCAGACAAUGUUCCAUUUAAAUUUUUAUCAGAGGUGAAAAACUAUUACAUGUUAGUGACUGACGGAAUACUAGACAGGGAACUUCAACCAGAGUACAACAUCACAGUCACUGCCACUGACGCUGGCUCUUCCUCACUCUCCAGUGUGAAAGUUCUAACAAUCGUGGUUAAUGAUGUAAAUGAUAACCGCCCAACUUUUACGCAGAGCGAGUUCAAUGCCAACAUUUUGGAAAACCAACCCGUUGGCACGUUUGUGAUGAAAGUGACAGCAGAAGACACGGACGAUGGAUCUAAUGCUAAAGUACUGUACCAAAUAUCAAAGGACACAAAGUCAGAAGUGUCCUCUUUUCUUACCAUCAACUCAGAAACAGGGGAGCUCUUCACAUCGCGUCUCUUUGAUUAUGAACAAUCAGUCCACUUCCAAAUUAAGGUGACAGCUCGAGAUGGAGGCGACCCCGCACUCUCCACUACCUGUACUAUAAAUGUUUUCAUUGAGGACCAAAAUGACAAUACACCCGUUGUGCUAUAUCCUGUCCAAAGCACCGGGUUCAUAGCUGAAGAUAUGGUGCCAGUUGAAGCGCCUAAAGGCUACCUGGUUACUAAAGUGGUUGCUGUGGACGCCGACUCUGGCCAUAACGCCUGGCUCUCCUACAGAAUAAUCAAAGCAACGCAGCCUAACAUGUUUACAGUAGGUCUGCACACAGGAGAAAUCAGAACAACGCGAACAUUCAUAGAGGACGACGAACCGAAACAAACUGUUGUCGUUUUGGUAACGGAUAACGGGUCGGAAUCUCUCUCCGCCUCUGCUACAGUCAGCGUAAUAAUUGGUGACGGUCUGCCUGUUUUAAGCGAACUUUUUGAGCUUGCUGAUGAAUCACAGGACAGAGACAAUUUAACGCUCUAUUUGAUUAUCGCUCUUUCAACCGUUUCCUCUCUUUUCAUCCUUUUAAUCAGUGGAGUGUUUUAUUUUAAGCUCUGUCGGCGUGGUUAUGUGUACCGUUCAACCGCCACCAGUCUCCCCGUAUUCCCCACCACGUAUUGCCCCCCUAGCUUUACAGAUUUAAGUCGUUGUGGGACCCUGCUGAAAGAUGAUCGGUAUGAUUCCUUCUUGACCACUGGGUCGUGGAGAGGCGAUUUUCGUUUUGGCUCAAGCACAGACACUGACACACUAAAGAAAAGGAGUGCAGCCUAUCAAAAAAACACCCUAAGGCGCACCAGUACAGACAGAGCUAGUCUGAAGGUGAGGGCAGGUGUACCUCAUCCAUGCUACGUGGUCAAAUGAGAGUCCAAAUAAUCUCUGUGCAAGAAAUUUGGACCUUCUGACUGUCAAAUACAUGAUGGUUGCGUCAGAUUUUCUCAUGGUUUAUAGAAUCACUAGAAAACCCCAUACUGUAUUAUGGCAUUUUUCUACACAUCUAUUUAUGCAUGAAUAUGCUGUUAGUGAAUCAAAAUGUUUUGUAAUGGUCUUGGAGAUCUGCUAUUAAUUUCAACUUUAUCCCCCAUGAUCCGAUUUAAAUACAGAGGCAAUCUUAACCUUGUACCCAGUCUAUCUUUUGGAAUGUUUUUGAAAAUAGUAUUAAAGUAAUUAUUCUUGUUUGUAUCGACAACUGGCAGUUGUUUGUGGUAAAUUUAGUCAGGCUUGUCUUGUUUGCCUGCCUCAUUUUAGUCUUCUACUCCGUCUAGUUAGCAGUCUCUCUUUGUCUGUCAUAAAUAUUGGAUUGUCCGUUUUAAAGAGGAAUACAACCAAUUAAAUAAUUAGCCUACAUCUAGUUGAUGUGUCUUAUUUCCUGCAGUAAAAAUGCAUGGUAGACCACUUUGACUACUCUAUCAAUGUGUCUUCUGAGAGGAGGGAAUAUAAUCUUAGCGGUUAUUGUUUUGCUUUGUUGCUGCGGUACCUGUCUUUGCCUCUUUUUAUGUUUUUGCACCUUUACUUAUAGUUCAUUUGUACUUGGAACACUUCAACCCAGUUUUGAUAUUGCUAUGUUAUGUUUUCACAAAAUAACACAUGAUUUCUUGUGUGACAGAGACAUAUAAAAAACACCCAGUGCUAUAUGUCACAAAUUGAAAAAUAUUCAAACAGACUGUAUACAUUUAAUGAAAAAUAAACAUGAAGAGAAAAGUGUGUUCUACUUCUCCACUGGCCUACUGACCUUUUGCACAGAACUUGUAAAAGGACACAGGGUAAGGACAUUCAUAACAGAAACUAAAACUGAUGGGCAUCAUAACAACAAUACAACUCUAAUGAACAAGAAAAAAAAACUUGCACCCUGGGGACGCCUCGGUGGCUCACCUGGUAGCGCACUUACCAAAAAUGCUUAGUCCUCACCGCAGUGGCUAUGGGUUCAAGUCUGAAUGUCAUCCCCCCUCUCUCUCUCUUUCCUGUCUCUCUCUCACUGUCCUAUAGAAUAAAGGCAAAAAAAUGCCCCAAAAAAUUACUUAAAAAAACUUGCAUGCAUGUCUUUGUCGCAUUGUCAGCUGACACCAAUCCAUAGUAGAAAGAGUUUUAAAUUAAGGACUCAUCCAGUUGUCAUAAAUAUGGCUGUUUACUUCAUGGCACCUAUUUUUUCUUUUUAUUGUGCAUUAUAUAAAAGGUACAGACUGCCUUCCUUUUCAGCUUUAAAUUUAUUGAAAAAGGACAUUUUUCAGUCAUAGAUUUUUGAUGGUCAGGCAUGAAAGCCUGAUGAAUUCAUUACUUAUAUUUCAUCUAUUAAGAUGUUACUUCUUGAAUUUAGAGAUGAUCUUUCAGAGGUUUGCUGCCUUCCUUGAUGUGACAUCUUCUUUACAUUAGACAUUAUUCACUUAAAUGUGCUUCAUUCAGAAAUCCCACUGAAAGUUGCAACUUUCAACAGAUACAAGUUGUUGUGGAUAAACUUUUUUCUUUUUUUUUCAAGUCAUGUUGUUUUUUGAGACCACCUCUCAAUAAGACUCUACUAAAACAUCUUUAGCAUAAUGACACAAAGGUUUCAGCCAUACAAAAGUAAACAUGCAAUACAAAACAGUAAAAAAAAAACAAAAAAAAAAAACAAAAAAAGCAAAGCACUUUUAAAGUCACAUUAACAAGAGAAAAUAAUAUUUAUUUUAUAUGUAUGUAUGUUGACAGUUACUGAAGCUUCACUCAGGUCAGUGGUUAGGGUCUUAUACAACAGUUAAAUGGUGAUGUGUCUAUGUUACAUAAAGUGGCUGUAUGUGUGUGUGUUCCUGCCUGCUGCUGACUGUGUCAUGGUAGUGAAGCAGAUAGUUUUUGUCAUCAAAAGAAUUUACAUAUGAAUCCAUGUGUGUUCCUCUUGGUGUUAUAGCUGAAGGCCCAUUUGUGCUCCUAAUUUCAGCCAUGGUAGGAGGGGGAA